AUGUCAAAUUUGGAAAAAUUAACUUUAUAUCUUCGUAUAAAAAAUCGAGAUAAAUUCGUUGAUGGUACUCUUCUUCAAAAUGAAAUUCUUGUUUAUAUGCCACAACUUCAUUCACUCACUUUCUAUAUUUGUACUUGUAUCAAUGCUGUUGGUUUACUACAUCAUUUAUCUAGCGAAGAUGUCCAACGAACAUUUACCAAUAUCGGACAACAACAUGUAGCCAGUAUCAUCAAUUAUAUUAGUUCCGAACAAAUUACAUGUUCUGUCUUCUCAAUUCCUUUCACAUUUGAUUGUCUCGAAGAUAUUGGUCAUAUGAUUCCAAAUAUUAUAUUUAAUUAUGUUACAUAUUUGGUGGUAAGAGAUAUGAUUCCAUUCAAUCGUGAAUUCUUCAUUCAAGUUGCUCGAGCUUUUCCGUUACUAAAGAUUUUUCGUAUUUUAAAUAUGGAAUCACAGUCAUGUCAACUUACCAAUAGUCAAUUAUACGAAAUUGCUGAAUAUCCUCAUCUUACCUAUCUUGACAUGCUAUGUGGAAAUAUUGAUUAUCUUGAGCAAUUUUUAAAUGAAACAAAGACAUAUGUGCCAUGUCUAACAAAAUUAAAAGUCGUUUAUAAUAACUUAAGAAUUGUUACAAAUAACUUUACAAGAGAAGAAACACGACGCAAUUGUGCUAAAAUAAAACGACUACUGAUGUUAAUACCGUUGGUACAUACUAAAGAGUUUUAUCUUCAUUUUCCAUUGUUAUAA